GGUAAACGUGCAUUUGCCAGGUGUAGGGUGGAUUUCUUCUGAAAGUCAGAGGAAAUAUCACUGUCCUAGGAUAUGGCUCUUUGGAUUUUUUGAGUACCUGACAUUGCAAAUUCACCCCAGUGAGUGCUGUAAGUAUCAGCUGUGAACCUGAUGCUGUUGGUUGCAAUGUUUCCCAUCUUCACAACCAUACUGUAAGCAAUGACCCGUAUCUUUGUGUAAGUUGCAACAAGUUGCAUAUUAGAAAAAAUCCACUCAGAUUUGCAGAGUGCUCGAAGGAGGUCAGUUUCCUUCCAGGCCGUUGGGUGCUGAGGCAAGGGGCUGAAGAGCCGAGGCUGUGUCACCUAACAAAAACACCUGAGAACGCCUCGGGUUAAACGCACAGCUGUGACUUGAGUCAGAGCAUCCCACAGAGCGCGGGCAGGUGAAACGCCUGGCAAACACCUGCGCGGGUUGGAAACAAGCAGCGAUUUGCUGUUUUUUUUCCUGGGAAAGGCCCUCAAGAAACAGCCCAAGCGCUGCCCAGCAGCAGCCGCACGGCGGGGCUGCGCCCGUCCCGCCUGGCCGCCAUGGCCGCCACUCCCGCCAAGCGCCGCCCGCCAUUUUCCUCCCGCGAGGACAGCGGGCGCCGCGCCCAUAGCAACCCGCCGCGGCGUGGGGGAAGGAGUGAAAGAAGACGAGAAGAGCGCGGCGCCAGCCCUAUUUCGGCCGGAAAACCGAGGCACUAAUACCUUAAGACCAACAUUUAUGUGCAUGCUUGACUUGCAGAACAGCAGUCUGCUUCUUCAAGACUUCUUAGAGCGUGAAAUUUAAUCAAAGAUUGUUGGUGCAUUUUGGUUCCAGAAUGGUGACUACUCCAGAAGAUGUGAGGAAGAAGCAAACUUACACCAGUGUACACGAGGCAGUGAAAGCUGGUGAUGUAGAACGGCUUGCAUUAAUGGUAAAACGCGGAGCCUCUAUUGACGAGGUGGAUUUAGUCCACAAGUUCACACCGUUGCACUGUGCUGCACACUCUGGAAGCUUGGAGUGCCUUCACUGGUUGCUCUGGCAUGGUGCUGAUGUGACAUGUGUGACAGUCAGAGGCUGGACAGCAGCUCACCUUGCGGCGAUCCGCGGGCAGGAUGCUUGCAUGCAGGCUUUGUUAAUAAAUGGAGCAAACCUAGAAGCUCGAGAUGACCGUGGGUGCACUCCAUCACACCUGGCUGCAGCCCAUGGGCAGUCGUACACAUUGCAAACCAUGCUGCGAAGUGGAGCGAAUGCAGACGUUGCAGACAAAAAUGACUGGAAGCCUGUUCAUUAUGCUGCUUUUCAUGGUCGCUUGGGCUGUUUGCAGCUUCUUGUUAGAUGGGGAGCAUGCGUAGAUGAUGUGGAUACUGAUGGAAACCUUCCAGCUCAUUUGGCAGCAGUGGAAGGACAUCUGCAUUGCUUUAAGUUCCUGGUCAGUAAAAUGGCCAGUGUCGUGUGCGCGCUGAAAGCCAGGAAUGACCAUGGAGAGACUCCAAGGGACUUGGCUGAGCGGUUCUAUAAAGACAAUAUUCUGCAAUAUAUUGACAGUGUGGAAAAAGAGGGGGAGCAUCCAGAGACACAGGAAGUUUUAGCUUUCCCAGCCCAUGAUGCUGCUUUCAGAGGGGACUUGUUAGUACUCAGAAGAUUAGUGAGAUGUGGAGUAAUCAAUAUUAAUGAGCGGGAUGAUAAGGGAUCCACUCUCAUGCACAAAGCUGCAGGACAAGGGCACAUCCAUUGCUUACAGUGGUUGAUUGAAAUGGGAGCUGACUGUGACAUUACAGAUGAUGCUGGAGAGACUCCAAAGGAUGUAGCCAAGAGAUUUGCCCAGCUAGCAGCUGUGGAACUUUUGACCCAAAGAACUGGAGACAGUAGCUCUAGUGAUGAAGAACUGGAUGCAAGCAACAUAAAAUUUUUUGAAAGACAUGGUGUGGAAGGGAGUACAGACAGCAAAGAAGACUUAAUCCUGGAUAAAGCAGAGAAAAGGAACGCGCGCAUAAGGGCCUAUCGCAGGAUUCAAGAACUCCAGCGACUUCUGGAGAUUGCCUACAGCAAUUAUAGACAGCUGGGAGGAAUAACUGAGGAGGAGAGGAAGAUGAAAAAAGAUGAAAAGGAAGUUGAGAAGGCCGUGAGGGAGCUGGAAGCGCAGCUGGAGUCUGAGCGAGUCAGGAGGGAAAAGCUGGAGAGCCAGCUGGAUGGCUGCCGCGCCGAGAUCGGCCGCCUCAGGGAGAGCCGGGGGAGAACCCGCAGCCCUGCUGCUCUGCCUCUGGAACCUGAACCCAUCUCCACUCCCUGCAAAGAGAAAAAGAAAGUGAAGAAGAAUCCCUACAGCCACGGAGGAGUGUUUGUGAGGCUGCGCUGAGGAAGGAGCCUCAGACACAGGGCUGGCAGACUGAGGGUGCAGAAUGGCAAUAUCCACAGUGCAAAGCAUUUGUAGAGCCCAAUUCUGCAGAUGAGCUGUGGUUCAUCAAACUGCUUUCCCAGUUCUCUGGGACAGAAAAUAUUUCUAAAUCACCGCAGCAGGGAAAACAAAAACAAACAAAUAAACAAAAAGAAAGAAAAAAAGAAAAAAAAAAAAAAAAAAGAGGGUUUCUCUUCAUGUCCAGGGUAGUUUAACAAGAGCUUUGCAAAUUGGAACAUUCCAAAAUUCAACUGCAGAGAUGUCAUAGGCCCUAGCCUACGAAAAAGCUAUCCUCACCCCUGGUCUGCUUGGUAUUACUGCCUUGAAGCAAAAAAAAAAAAAAGAAGAAGAAGAAAGCCCCUUACUUCAGCCAGGACCUGCAGGGUACAGACACAAAGAACAGCAUGUGGGGUAAGUCCUUGCAGAACAGCUGCUAGAUGUCAGGCUAUUGACUUAUAAGCUCCAGCCAAUCUGUGCAGGCCACAGAAUGGCUCUCGUGAAUAAUACUUUGGCUGUUUUGAUUCCAAUUAAAAUCCUUGUAUUAUAAAGGUUAA